AUGUCCUCUUCCUUGGUCACUCCAUCGUUUGGAGGUAGGAAACCUUUGAGUCGAACCAUACUUUACUCCUUGCUUUUCAUCAACAGCUCGAUGUUUAUUGCUGCUAUUUCUCUUUAUUACUUGGCCAUAAGAAUAUCCUCGGUCACUGCAUUGCCCAUCGUUGUGGGCGACCAUGAUGGCAAUUCUGAUUCUUCCCAAGACUUGUUUCCUACAAAUAUUGGAUAUUUGGGUCCUACAAGAACCGCUGGAGCCCCGUUUUUGGCACAAACCAACGCUGCUGCCGCGAAAACCGGUACCCCAACCUCGAAGGACUAUAUCCUUCCUCAACCAAUUGAAACGUCGGUACAAAGCUCUGAUCAUCUGCCUGAAGAUCGGAAUAUCUUUGAAUUGUUCGGCACGAUCUCCCCAUAUUAUGUCAGCGAUGGAUGGGGGGUUUAUGAUUAUGCCAUGCCAGGUCAAUGCAAAAUUGAUCAAGUCCAUGUUUUGAGCAGACAUGGCACGAGAUACAAUACCCGAGACUCGCCAUUUGCCAGCGUAAUUGGGAACGCCAAACAGUUCAAUGCCACGGGAGACUUGGAGUUUUUGAAUCAAUGGGAAUAUGACCAAGGAGUGAAUAUCUUGACCACUCUUGGAAACCAGCAGUUGUUUGACAAAGGAGCCAGAACUUUUUUCAGGUAUGGUAGAAUGUACGAUUGGAACAACAUGGAUUCCAAAAUGGUUGUUAGAUCAACUACCCAAGAACGAAUGACCAUGUCAGCAGAAUAUUUUCUCAUUGGGUUUUUUGGCACCAACUGGCAAAAAUAUGUUAAUUUGGAAUUGAUUAUUGAAGAGGAAGGUUUCAACAACUCUUUGGCAACGUAUGAAGCGUGUCCAAACAACAAUAAGAUCUAUGAAUUGGGAUUGAGCAAGAAAAAAGCUUCUGGUUUCUUGAAAAAAUUCCUUGGUAAUGCCACCGAUAGAUUUAAUCUGCAACUCGAAGGUUUGUCAUUGGAGCCUGAGGAUGUUUAUUAUAUGCAGGAAUUGUGCACAUUUGAAGCGGUUACUUUGGGGUAUUCUCAAUUUUGCAAAUUAUUUACCCAAGAAGAAUGGGAGGAUUACGAAUAUUACAACAGUUGGGUUUGGUACAAUGCUAACUUUUAUGGGGCCCAGACUUCAAGAGCUCUUGGUAUUAGCUGGGUUGAGGAAUUUUAUAAUAGAAUAACCAAUACCACCUACGAUGCUUCAAAGCAAGCAUUACAGAAUAGUACCCUCAAUAAAGACCCGAUAUUUUUCCCCUUGGAUCAAAAGCUUUAUAUGGAUUUCACUCAUGAUUCGACCAUCACCAAUAUUUACUCUGCAUUGGGAUUUGAACAAUUCAAGAGUAACUUUAGUGAUUCUAGAACUAAUCAACCGUUUGAUUUGAGUAAAGUGGUUCCAUUUGCUUCGCAAUCAUAUUUUGAGAUUAUUACCUGCGACGACGCUGUACCAAAUGAUCGAUCAAGCGAACAAGUUGAAGGUUCAGGAAGUACGAAAUACAUCCAUGUGAUUUUGAAUGAUCAUACCCUUGAUUUGCAUGAGAAUGUUCCGAAAUAUUGCGAGGCUAGAAGCGAUGGGUGGUGUGAAUUAUCAAGCUUCCUCGAAUAUAUGGCUACACUCUGGGAUAGUGCCGAAUUUCAUAAAUCAUGUUUUGGAGAUAUUGAUUUGGAGGGUGAAGCUGAUGAUGGUGUUCCAGUAUAA